AUGGAGUGCUCGGCACCGCUUCCGGCGGCGGUGCAGGCGGACGGCGAGUGCUGGCCCGGGAACGUGCCGUGCCUGGGUGGGAUGGGGUGCAUGCGAGCGGACAAGCAGUGCGACGGCGUGUUCGACUGCGACGACGGCAGCGACGACGGCUACGACUUCUGCCUCUCCUACGACUGCAGCAACGUCGGCAAGGGCUAUCAGUGCCGCGCGCUCAACUCAUUCUGCGACCUCAACUACGACUGCACGGACGGCAGCGACGAGGAGCCCGAGCGGUGCUACCACAUCUACAGAAGCAAGGACCUGUGCAAGCCCAAGGGGCUGGUGCAAUGCCCCAACGACCCCGGGUGCAAUGCCCCAACGACCCCGGAUGGUGCUUCAGGUGGUGGUUCAGGUGCUUCCAACAGCAGCAGCGCCUCGGUGGUUCUGAGCAAGGAGGAGAUUGCGAAGCUGAAGAAGCUGGCUCAGGAGAAAAAGGCGGCAGCCGUGGCUGCCAAGAAGCAGAAGAUGGAAGCCAAGCGGGCGGCAGAAGAGGAGAAGACGAAGCAGCGGGCGGCAAAGAACGCUGCGAUUGAGGCGAAGAUCCGAGCUAAGAAGAAGCAGCAGGCAGAGAAGGAGGCGGCGAUUGCUGAGAAGAAGAGGAAGCGGGCUGAGAAGGCUGCUGCUAUUGAGGCGAAGAAGAAGCAGGCUGAAAAGGCGGCUGCGGUUGCAGCCAAGAACAAGGCAACCACCAAGUAA